AUGUGUGAUGUGGUGCUAGCCGUACCACCUGCCUCCAUCCCAGCAAGGAGCCAUGCUGCCAUCCCUGGGCAUCACCCAACUGCCCUUGCCUUGCACCUCCCUUUUCAUCCAGCCUCUCCCUUCCCUCUUCUCCCCAACACCCCACAUCCCCAGCCGUACCACCUGCCGCCAUCUCUGCGGGGAGCCAUGCUGCCAUCCCUGGGAAUCACCCAACUACCCCGUGCACCUCCCUUCACACAAAGCUACCCCCUUCACCCUACUCCCCUCUCCCCACCACCACCCAUCCCCACGCCCCCAGCCAUACCACCUGCCACCAUCCCAGCGGGGAGCCAUGCUGCCAUCCCUGGGCAUUACCCAACUCCCAGGGGGGCCGACAGCAGGAUCGUUGCCUGCUGGCAUUCCCUCCGAGGCACAGUUUGUGCGUGCCUAUUGCCGCGAGAUACAGCGCCUGCAGGAUUCAGCGCCUGCAGGUCAAUGCGUCUUCCAGCAGGGCAGGCCAGGCAGGGCAAUGCGUCAUCUAGCAGGGCAGGCCAGGCGGGCCGUCAGGUGGCCGGCCUCAUAGCAUGUGCCCUGCACGUGGUGCACUCGGCCCCUUCCAUUCCCGCCCUACCACCACAAGGCAGCAGCAGCAUCAGUGGUUCAAGCAGUGCAGUGGGUAGUGGAGGGAGUUGGGAUGGAUCCAGUGCGGUUCCAGCAUCGCCAUCCCAUCCAGUGGGCCUGGCGCCUAGCCCACGAGCCGAGGCACUGAGGCGGCGAGUGGCGGAGUUUGUAACUCAAGAGGUGCUGCCUAUAGAGGGGAUACUGGAGGAACAUGCAGUGGGGGAGACACGGUGGACUAUUCACCCCCUGGUGGAGCAACUGAAGGGGAAGGCCAAGCAGGCUGGGCUUUGGAACCUGUGGAUUCCUGCUCUGGAUGCGGGAGUGCCAGUGACGCCUGUCCUCCGCGAGUGUCAGAGCCGGGGGCUGCUGGGGGCGGGGCUGUCGAAUCUGGACUAUGCGCAUGUGUGCAAGGAGAUGGGCAAGAGCGUGUGGGCGCCUGAGCUCUUCAACUGCUCUGCGCCUGGCACAGGCAACAUGGAGGUUCUCUUGCGCUACGGCAACGAGCAGCAGCAGCGGGAGUGGCUGGUGCCGCUGCUGGAGGGCAGGAUCCGCUCGUGCUUUGCCAUGACAGAGCCACGAGUGGCGUCCAGCGAUGCCACCAACAUUGAGGCCCGGAUAGAGAGGAUCUGCUCAUGCUUCGCCAUGACAGAGCCACGAGUAGCGUCCAGCGAUGCCACCAACAUUGAAGCACGGAUAGAGAGGUGGGCUGGGCGGGAUCCGCUCGAGCUUUGCUCUGUUGGAGGGCAGGAUCCGCUCAUGUUUCGCCAUGAUGGAGCCACGAGUAGCGUCCAGUGA